ACCCCUAGGGAGAAAACAAAAUAGCUCUGAUUAUUAACGAAUCGUAAAUCAAAAUUCGAAUCCGAAAACUCAUCGGAGCUUAGUAUUUUCUCGUCGUCAUCGGAGCUGAUAUCGAUCUCUCAUCUUGCGCCGUUCUCAGUUUCCUCAGAGGAAGAGCUGAUAUGGAUUGGGACAACGUAGCAGCUGAGGAUGUGAUGGAGGCGCUGAGAGAAGUCGAAUGGUCGACGCCUCCUCGUUCUUUCGGAGAGUUCUUCUCUAGAUUCGCGUUCCCUCGCUCUUUCUCUAAGUGGAAGAGCCGUCUCAAAUGCAAUCUCUACUAUUAUCGGACGAAUUACUUUAUCCUGGUGAUUUUCGUUCUGGGUCUUGCUUUGAUUACAAGACCAUUGGCUAUUGUGGGUGCUGCGUUUACGGCCCUAAGCAUAGCUUUCCUUAACGACAGUUUUGCGGCUACUUUUAAUGAGAAGUGUAUAAGGACUAUUAGGCUUUUCUCUCCACACUUGGCCGCAAAAAUGAGGCCUCCCCACAUGCCAGUCAUCCGUGGGAGAUCAGCAGCAAGAAAGACAGUAUACGUCUGUGGCAAACCACGAUGGGUCUUUGUCGUCAUUUUCCUAACAGCCAGUCUUGUCAUGUGGUUUUCUUCCUGCGGCCUUUUGUGGGUCCUCUAUGCACUUCUCACUUCCCUCAUCGUGGUUAUAGUUCAUGCAAGCGUGAGAACACCAAAUCUCAAGGCACGAUUGAACACAUUCCGUGAAGAGUUUCGGGCUGUCUGGCGUAACUACAGUGAACUUUAAGUCACAGUUCGUUACACUAUCUAAAAGCAAACCGAGCAGCCAUCAUGUUGUCAAGUAACCAUGGUCGCAGUUUCUUCUCGUCUCUUUUCGAGUUAAUCUGAAGGUGAACAUACCUUUGUGUUUGUCGCAUGUUGCAGAUACAGACAGAAACCGAUUCACUUGACCAAGUUACUUUAAUUGCUGUAGUGAUGCUUAUACUUUUCAGACUGUGUUGAUUUGACUUAACAAUACUCUUUUUAUUAUAGAAGUAGCAUAAUCUUUACCUGAAUUAUAAUAUUUCAAUCAUUAUCUUCCCAUCA